AUGGGUUUGUCCGUUGAGCUCAAGACCCCGGUGACGGGCGCCUACACCCAGCCCACUGGACUGUUCAUCAACAACGAGUGGGUUGAGGGUGUCGACAAGCAGACCUUCGAGGUCAUCAACCCCUCCACCGAGGAGGUUAUCUGCUCCGUCCACGAGGCCACCGAGAAGGAUGUCGAUAUCGCCGUCGCCGCCGCCCGCAAGGCCUUCGAGGGUGUCUGGGCUGAGACCACCCCCAACCAGCGCUCCCUCUACCUGCUGAAGCUCGCCGACCUCGCCGAGAAGAACGCUGAGCUCCUCGCCGCCGUCGAGUCUCUCGACAACGGAAAGUCCAUCUCCAUGGCCAAGGGUGACGUCGGUGCCGUCAUCGGCUGCUUGAGGUACUACGGAGGUUGGGCCGACAAGAUCGAGGGCAAGACCAUUGACGUCGCCCCCGACAUGUUCCACUACACCCGCCCCGAGCCUAUUGGUGUCUGCGGUCAGAUCAUCCCCUGGAACUUCCCCCUUCUCAUGCUCUCAUGGAAGAUCGGCCCUGCUCUGGCCACCGGUAACACCAUCGUCAUGAAGACCGCCGAGCAGACCCCUCUGUCCGCUCUCGUCUUCGCCAACCUCGUCAAGGAGGCCGGCUUCCCUCCCGGUGUCUUCAACCUCAUCUCCGGCUUCGGCAAGGUCGCCGGUGCUGCCAUCUCCUCCCACAUGGACAUUGACAAGAUCGCCUUCACCGGCUCCACCGUCGUCGGCCGCCAGAUCAUGAAGGCCGCCGCCAGCUCCAACCUCAAAAAGGUCACUCUCGAGCUCGGCGGCAAGUCCCCCAACAUCGUGUUCAACGACGCCGACAUCGAGCAGGCCAUCUCCUGGGUCAACUUCGGCAUCUACUACAACCACGGCCAGUGCUGCUGCGCCGGCACCCGCAUCUUCGUCCAGGAGGACAUCUACGACAAGUUCCUCGCGGCGUUCAAGGCGCGCGCCCAGGCCAACAAGGUCGGCGACCCGUUCCACCCCGAGACCUUCCAGGGCCCCCAGGUCUCCCAGCUGCAGUUCGACCGCAUCAUGGGCUACAUCAAGGCCGGCACCGACGAGGGCGCCACCAUCGAGACCGGCGGCGCCCGCCACGGCGACAAGGGCUACUUCAUCCAGCCCACCAUCUUCUCCAACGUCCGCCCCGACAUGAAGAUCAUGCAGGAGGAGAUCUUCGGCCCCGUCUGCGCCAUCGCCAAGUUCAAGGACGAGGAGGAGGUCCUCAAGCUCGCCCACGACACCAACUACGGUCUGGCCGCCGCCGUCCACACCAAGGACCUCAACACCGCCCUCCGCGUCGGCAACAAGCUCAAGGCUGGUACCGUCUGGGUUAACUGUUAUAACAUGCUUCACCACUCUGUCCCGUUCGGCGGGUUCAAAGAAUCAGGAAUCGGCAGAGAACUCGGCGAGGCCGCCCUCGCAAACUACACCCAGAACAAGUCCGUCGCCAUCCGUCUGGGCGGCGCGCUGUUCUAA